AAUGAUGAACAGUAUGUUAUAAUGAUAGAUGCAGGUUCUACUGGUUCAAGAGUUCAUAUCUAUAAAUUUGAUACAUGUUCUACUCCACCAAAAUUAUUAAAUGAAGAUUUUGAAAUGUUGAAACCUGGUUUAUCAUCAUUUGAUACCGAUGCUGAAGGUGCAAAACAUUCAUUAGAUCCUUUAUUAAACUUGGCGUUAAAAAAAAUUCCUGAAAAUAAACACAGUUGUACUCCAAUUGCUUUAAAAGCUACAGCUGGCUUGAGGUUAUUAGGUCUUGAAAAAUCAAAUAAAAUCUUACAAGCAAUUGAGGAAUAUUUAAUUAAAGAUUGGCCAUUUGCAUUAAUUGAUGAAAAUGGUGUCAUAAUUAUGGAAGGAAAAGAUGAAGGCGUUUAUGCGUGGAUUACAACGAACUAUUUAUUAGGUAAUAUUGGUAACUCUGAUGCAAAAUUAAAUGAGAAAACUGCUGCAGUAUUUGAUUUAGGUGGUGGCUCAACACAAAUUGUAUUUGAACCUCAAUUUGAUAGUAAAACCGGCGAAAAACUAAUUACCACUGGUGAAUACAAAUAUCAAAUGUCUUUUGGUAAUCAAGAUUUCGAAUUAUAUCAAUUUUCUCAUUUGGGAUAUGGUUUGAUGGAAGGUAGAAAUAAGAUCAAUUCUAAGAUUUUAGAAGCUUAUCUAAAGGAUGAAACUAACGGUCAAAAAAUCUUACCAGUUACAUCUAAAGAUGAAAAGGCGACAGCUACAUUAGUUUCACCAUGCGUCCCCCCUGGAGUUAUUGCAGAAGAUGUGUCAGUCAAUAUCGAUGACACUUUGUAUAAAGUCAAUUUCAAGGGACCAGAAACCCCAAGCGGUGCUCAAUGUAGAGCAUUGUCAGAAAAGAUUUUAAACAAAGAUUUAAAGUGUGAUUCUGAACCUUGCUCAUUUAAUGGAGUUUACCAACCAUCUUUAAUGAAGAAUUUUAAAAAGGAUUCAGACAUGUUUAUUUUUUCAUAUUUCUACGAUAGAACAAACCCAAUUGGAAUGCCAUCCUCGUUUACAUUAGGAGAAUUGUUUGAGCUAACUAGGGUUGUUUGCAAUGGAGACAAGCACUGGACUAAUGUCUUGGGUGCAAUGGAUGGAGCUUUGCAAGAAUUGCACAAUGAGCCUCAAUGGUGCCUUGACUUGUCAUUUAUGGUUUCUUUGUUAUACACUGGAUACGACAUUCCAUUAGAAAGAGAACUAAAGACUGCAAAGACUAUAAACCACAACGAGCUCGGAUGGUGUCUUGGAGCCUCCUUGCCCUUGUUGGACAAAAGCAACUGGAAAUGUCGUGCAGUCAACUAG